AUGGCCGCGAAACAAAAUUCUAUUGUGAACGAUGGGCAAGCAACAUCUGAAGAUAUUCCUUUGACAUCCUUGGAAGAAAGUCUCCUUAGCUUAGAAAAGCUCGACCGUGCUUCGCCUGAACUUUGGCCAGAGCAAAUUCCUGGCGUAUCGGAGUUUGCAAACCUACAAAACGAUAACCAAUCGCCGCCGUCUUGGAAAGGACUUACCAAAGAUGAUUACAGCUACAUGCAACAACUUGGGUCUUUGUCUACCAGUGGCCUCAUAAUGGAAGUAAAAAGACUUCAUGAUCUUGCUUAUCAACUUGGACUUGAAGAGGCGAAAGAAAUGACUAGAGGAAAAUAUUUAAAUAUAUUCUCAUCUAGGCGACAAAGGUAG